AUGGCAUACAAUUUUCAAUUUCCAGAAAUAGCUUAUCCAGGCAAACUAAUAUGCCCACAAUACAGUACAGAAAAUAAAGAUGGCGAAGAUAUAAUUUUCAAUUAUGUGUCCGGUCCGGGGACUAAACUACUACAAUACGAGCACAAUGGAAGUACUCUAGAAGCUAUAACUGCUACAUUAGUUGGGACAGUGAGGUGCGAAGAAGAGAGAAACACUGAUGAGGAAGAAGAACGUGAAGCCACUGAUCAAUCUACAGAAGAAGAAAAAUCAGUAGAUGCAUCACCUAGUGAUGUGACAAGAAGAAUUGUAAAAUAUAUCCGGGUUUCCGUGGUUCCCGGGACAGGAAAUGAUUGUAAAGCCGGUAAAUAUGCCAAUAAUGACUUUGCCAAUAACCUACCGAAAGAAGGUGACAUUGUAUUGACCAGAGUGACAAGACUUUCGUUACAGCGAGCCAAUGUCGAGAUUUUAGCUGUAGAAGACAAACCAUCUCCAAUUGAUAGUGGUGUUGGUAGUAAUGGGACGGGGAUAGUUGCCGCUGGUGGCGGUUCUGGAGCAGCUACAUUCUCUGUCUCUCAAGCAUCAUCAGAUUUAGGUGAGACAUUUAGAGGUAUAAUCAGGUCUCAGGAUGUGCGGUCCACUGACAGAGAUCGUGUGAAGGUGAUAGAAUGUUUCAAGCCGGGAGAUAUUGUUAGGGCGCAAGUUUUAUCAUUAGGUGAUGGUACCAACUAUUAUUUGACCACUGCAAGAAAUGACCUUGGAGUAGUGUUUGCCAGAGCGGCUAACGGUGCUGGUGGAUUGAUGUAUGCUACAGACUGGCAAAUGAUGACUUCACCAGCUACAGGCACAACAGAGAAACGCAAAUGUGCAAAACCUUUUUAA